AUGGAUGUUGCAGAGGAAGGAUCCAAUAAUCAGGUAAAAAGUGAGGAAAAGAAUCAUUCAGUUGAUGUUGCCAUUGACAAAGAUUCAACUGAUUCAUUGGAGUCUGAAACAUCUUGGUUCACCCCUAAGAGGUUGCUUUUGUUAUUCUGUGUGAUCAACUUGAUAACUUAUUUGGAUCGAGGAGCAAUAGCGAGUACCGGUGUAAAUGGGGUUCCAGGAAGUUGCACUCCAAAUGGAGUAUGCUCACAUGGUACAGGAAUUCAGGGUGAUUUUAAUUUGAACAAUGCUAAGGAUGGUAUUCUAUCUUCUGCUUUUAUGGUUGGACUUCUUCUGGCAUCUCCAAUAUUUGCAUCCUUGGCCAAGAGCAUCAAUCCCUUUAGGCUUAUAGCAGUUGGGUUGUCAGUUUGGACUUCAGCUGCGGUCGGUUGUGGGUUUUCAAUUGGUUUUUGGACGAUCACAGGCUGCCGAAUGCUAGUUGGUGUUGGUGAAGCUUCUUUCAUAAGUCUUGCAGCUCCAUUCAUUGAUGAUAAUGCUCCAGUAUCUCAGAGAUCAGCAUGGCUGGGAAUAUUUUACAUGUGUAUACCUUCGGGGGUUGCCCUUGGCUACGUUUAUGGUGGACUGGUUGGAGAUGCUGUCGGUUGGCGCCAAGCAUUUUUUGGUGAGGCAAUUAUGAUGGUGCCAUUUGUUAUCUUGUGCUUUGUAAUGAAACCUGUGGAACUCAAAGGUACAAUUGAACAAGUUGGCAUUAUGCUGUUAACAAAUUUGCUACUUUCUGCUUGGCAAUUUGAUGGUUGCAGGUUAUCUAACUUUUUCCGUGAUGUCAACGUGCUUCUGCAUGAGAAGAUAUAUGUAGUGAAUGUUUUAGGCUACAUGGCAUACAAUUUUGUCAUAGGUGCUUAUUCAUACUGGGGACCAAAGGCUGGUUAUAGCAUAUAUAAUAUGAGCGAUGCCGACAUGUUGUUUGGAGCAAUCACAAUCGUCGGUGGAAUCGUGGGGACGUUAGGAGGAGGUUUUGUCCUGGAUCAUCUUAAUUCCACAAUCCCCAAUGCUUUUAAGCUUCUUUCCGCAGCAACGUUUCUCGGAGCUGUAUUUUGCUUUAGUGCCUUUUGCUUCAAGGACAUGAACAUUUUCAUAGUUCUAUUUCUAAUUGGGGAGAUACUCGUUUUUGCCACUCAGGGUCCUGUAAAUUUUGUGUCUAUCCAUUCUGUUAAACCAAGAUUGCGACCGUUGUCUAUGGCUAUGUCUACUGUGUCAAUUCAUAUCUUUGGAGAUGUGCCGUCAUCUCCACUUGUUGGCAUUAUGCAGGACAAACUCAAGAACUGGAGAAAAACUGCUUUGAUCUUGAGUUCAGUACUGUUUUUGGCAGCUGGAAUAUGGUUUAUAGGUGUUUUUCUUCGUGCUCCCGAUAGAUAUGAUGAAGAUGACGAGGAUCCAGAAAUCAAUACUGAGAAGUCAAACACGACAGCCAAAACGACUGAUGCUUCUAGCGAACCAUGA